GAGGAGGAGGGAGGAUUGAUCUGCUGCUGUUCAAAUGUUCUUCUUUAUCCCGGACUGAAAUCUUUCUUUAGUUAUUUUUUUUGUUUUGCCAAGGAAACAAUCAAAGUGAAAAGGUUGUAUGAAAUAACGAAAACUUUAAAGCAACACAAAGUCAAACAGGUAACAGGGGAAACGCAUUCGUUUUUAAUUUACAUGUCGAAGAGAACGGAGCCCAGAGAGAGACAGAGACUAGGCAGGUUUUGAGGUCGAUUUGUCAAUGCGAUCCCGCAUUCUCCGCCUUUACUGUGCAUUCGUUCACUUUAUGCAAACUGGGACCGCUGACCCAAGCUCACCUCGACUAGAAACAACGAGACCGACUGCACUCUGCGACGUCCUGACUUGGCUUUUAGUAUAAAUGCAAAGUUCAAAAAAGAUCGGAUUGCAUUUUUUCCUAAAAAAAAUUGAGGGUGAUGUCAUCUGGCUGUGCUGGGGCUGGUAUUGUGUGCGGGCUCCGUACAGACUACCGUUGUGAGGCGAGCGGCUGGACGAGCCGAGUUGUCCGUGAAUCAGGUGCGUGUAUAUGGCCGUGACUCUUCUGCGCUGUCGCUGGCGGUCCCCGCUGUCAUCGUCUUCCCCUCAUCCCCUCCUGAACUGGAUCGUCGGAUUACCCCACUCUCGUAGCUGUCCAUGCUGUAAUUCUUUACAUCACGCGUCACUGUCCCCCAACCUACGGACUCCGCGACCCAUCUGAAAGGAUUAGUCAUGACAGAAGCCGGUCGGCAGCACCUGAAGCCCGCGGAGCUGCUCUCACCCCGCCGCCCUGGUUUCCGUCUUGCCCAGGUGCCCUGCCUCCCGCGGGAACUGUCUUCGCACCUUUGGCACUAGCGCAGGAUCGCCCGCAUCUCCUACCUCUGCCCUAAACGGUCCCACCUCCCCGGGGUUUGAUGUUCAGGUCCGAGUUUCACAUCGCUGCUCCUUGCAGACCCAGCGUGGAUUCGCUUGUGUCCUCCAGCAAAGACCUGGCAGUUCCUCUCUAAUCUCACCGAUUUAGGACAGAAAUAACAUAGAGAGAAAAAAAAUUGUGGAACAGAAAAGUAAACGAUGAAAUAAAGUAGCACCAAACAAACAGAGGACCUUGUCCCGUCUUUUGGUGGAAGCGCUUAGUGCAUUAAUGAGUGCUGGGCAACUUUCACGGUUAGCAGCUUUGGGAAAACAUGAGUCUGAGCAGCGUCUGGAUUUAAUAUGAACGGAAUACGUGGACAAGAAGCGUGAAUUAGAAAGACGGAGCCAUUUCCAUGCAUGCACUUUCAACGGUGAUUUUCACCUGUAGCUUCGGCGGUCAGAAAAAAACAGCCUCCGAUUAAAAGGUGCCCCUCCCGUACCGGAAUCCAAGUACCCGGAAAAACCGGGGGGCUCGCAUCCCAGAACAGAACAAGCCCCCAGGUGUUGGGAGGAAAGCAGUUAUUGUCAACGGAUUACAAACCCGUGUAAUCCCCGUUCACAUCCGGGGAUCCGACCGCGGCAGGACGCGGUUCUGUCCCCGGGAGAGCGAUGCGGUACUUCGUCCAUGCUGCAGCUAUCUUGUGUGUCCAGGCUCUGUUUGCAGUGUGUACCCCCUUGCAACAGGUUUUUGACAGGGACGGCGUGAACUUCAGUGUACAUGUGGAAAACCAGACUCGUCUCCAUGAUGCCAUGAGUCGGCGACAGCACCGAGUAUAUCAGCUGUACAGCCGCACCAGUGGGAAGCACCUACAGGUGCUGGGAAGGAGGAUCAGUGCACGGGGGGAGGAUGGUGACCGAUAUGCCCAGCUUGUAGUGGAAGCGGACUCCUUUGGCAGCCAGGUGAGGAUACGUGGCAAGGAGACCAACUAUUACCUGUGCAUGAACCGCCGAGGAAAACUGGUGGGUAAGAAGGCCAGCAAUCGCAGUCCCGACUGUGUCUUUGUGGAGAAGGUGCUGGAAAACAACUAUACAGCCCUGAUGUCUGCACGCUACGCUGGGUGGUACGUCGGCUUCACCAAGAGAGGGCGCCCUCGGCGUGGUCCACACACUCUGCCCAACCAACAGGACGUGCACUUUAUGAAGCGCUUCCCUCCCGGCAAGCAACCAGACCCCCAGCCAUUCCGCUUCACCACGGUCAGCAAACGAAGCAAGAGGGUGCAAAUCACAGAGGACUGCUAGCUCGCUCUACUAACACACAGAGAACACAUCAGCCCCUGGCCCUGGAAUCUCACAAAGCAUUGCUGGAUACAAGCCUACAAAAACUGAUCUGGGACCGGAUUACUGACACGGAGUGUUGGAAUCCCAGUUUGAUCUGAUGCUGGAAAGGAAUUACGCUGUGAUGCCAGAGAGGGCCAUGCUGGGAUGAUUGAUGUGCAGCUAUGGUACCAGAACCAAUGAACUGGAUCGGCUGGACUUUAAAAUGAGAUCAGCAAGACAGACUGCGACAAGCCCAAAGAGUCACGGGGAACAUAAAGCACAGUGGAUGCUGGAACGGUUGGGGGAAACUGACAAAGGAAGACUUAUUGACUGCUUUCCAUGCCAGCUGUGUGUGUGCAGAUGCUCCUCUGUGAAAUGUGUGCAUGGGACCAAAAACCCCAAACUCCAGACUGAUGUGAUGUUGAUGCUGCGGUGACCUGUUACAGAACAGGAUGUACCAUCCCAUAUAAUCUCAAAAUCAUACUAAAGAUAUUGGACUGCACAAGUUCCAUUAUACCAAAAGGAUAAGUCACGAAAGACUGUACUUUACCUUUAAGACUCCUUUCCCCGCACCCCAGUACCUGUGCUUAAAGAUGACGACAGAUGGAGUUUAUCUCCUGCUCACCGGCCGUAUGAAUGCUGCUACCAGGACAUUUGGUGGAGAAAAAAGCCUCAUAUCUAUAUACUUAAAGGGAACAAAUAGGGAACAAAACUAUUAAAACAAAAUAAGCAUUUAUAUUAUUGUUAUUGAAAAAAACUAUUUAUUUUAGUCGUGUAAGACCUAUUCUGACUGCCUCAGUUAUUAAAGAGGAACAGAAAGGA